GUUCACUCGGGAAGCAGCUAAGGACUGCAUAGUGCUGGGGCAGCGUAUUCCAGCCGGGGCUGUCAUUGAAACCGCAGUUGGACAUCUCCACCACAACCCUGAGUUCUGGCCAGAGCCUGAGAAGUUCAUUCCUGAGAGGUUUACAGCGGAGGCUAAGAAAGAACGACAUCCCUUUGCAUACCUGCCCUUUGGGGCAGGACCCCGUGGCUGCAUUGGCAUGAAAAUGGGUUUGCUGGAGACAAAAAUGACCCUGCUGAGGAUUUUGCAGAAGUUUCAAUUUAAGACCUGCCCAGAGACUGAGAUUCCUUUACAGCUGAAGUCAAAAGCCACACUUGGACCGAAAAAUGGAGUCUACAUUAAGCUGGAAUCUCGCUAAAAGAAAAUGUACAUCCUGAAGCCUCCUGGGAUGGGACCCCUUGUUCACUGACUCACUGGGUAUAAUUAUUUUUCAAAAACCCAAAGACGGAUAAGAGCCUAAGUCCCACUGAUGGGCAGUGGGUGCUGCCUCCCUGCUCUCCUGUGGGAGAGUCUCCAGUCACUUUUUUAAAUGAGACAUGGGCUCCACAGUCAUUUGGUUUUCAAAUUGCUGUGAACAGUAUCUAUAAAGAA